CCGUCAAAAUGGAAUUAGAUUGGAAAAGGAAAAAUUAAAAUAAUCCUCCUGUUCUCCCAUUGACGAAUUUGAGUUUACUUCGAAAAAAUUGUGUAUUCUUAUAUUACCAUUGAUUAAGCCAGGAUGGGAUUUUAAUUCUUUAAAUCAGAAUUGAAAUCUUGGUUCAGGCUCCACUGCUUUAAGCUCGACUUACAAGUUACAAUGCCAUGUCCAAUGAUGCACCUCAGUGCUAUGGACAUUACGCACUCUACGCAUCGAAUAAUAAUGCCUCUUCAAACACCUGUUUUUAUUUUUUAACACCACAAAUCGAAAAACCCAUAACACGCAAUCCACGGAUCCGAUCCUCUUAUAGCUAAAAAAAAACACGUUUACGUUCUCACCGGUAACCGGAAAUGGGCGACAAGCCUCCGACCAAGUUCCACACGAGCAUCCACAUCGCGGCCCUCGACGGCAUCGUACACGUGAACUCCCUGUUCACGUUAGCAGUCUUCGUCGGCCUCGCCUGGGACCCCAGCGACCCCAACAACCGCCUCGUCGAGGAUCCGCUCUGCGCCGCCGGCAACGACGUCGCCGCCGACCUCAUCACCUUCCACGUCUUCUCCUUCAGCUCCUUCCUCUUCUCCAGCCUCGUCGCGUUGGGCCUCAAGCAGGCCCUCCGGAUGGUCCAAACCACCCAUUUGCACGUCUUCACGUUGGACAUGGCCCACGUCAACAAGACCGCGCUUCGGGUCGGGUACCUGGUGUCCGCGGCGGGUUCGGUAUCCGGGUGCCUGUUCUUGAUGAUGGCGUUGGUGGAUGUGGUUCAGAUCAAGCUCGGGACGCUGUCGUGUGGGAGUUCUCUUAGCUAUGGUGCUAUUGUUCCUCUCAUGGUCUUAGUUCCUUGUGGGCUUUCCAUAUAUGUGUGCUUUGUUUUGCAUGCUUUUGCUUGCUAGGGUUUGUGUAAUCGUUAUUGGGUUGAAUUUGAAUUAUUCAAUUUGUUUUUAGUUUAUGAUUGGACAAUACUAAUGAAAUGAGAUCAUAUUAUUUUUCUAAACAACAAAUUUUUAUGGUUAAUGAUCCAGUUGUUUGUUUGAGUCAUUUGGCGAGCUUGAUGUAGCUGGAAUGGUUCUGAUUUAGAGGUCUCUUGGUCUAAGCAUGUUGUAACCUACCAUUGAACUUUCUAAAGCCUAAACGAAAGUAUUUGUGUGCGGAAGUUCAAAAUUGUUUCUAGAAUUUUCGUCACUUGAAGAAAAUUUAGCAGCAUUUGAGAAAUUUAGGUUCCAAAAUGUUCUAAGUGUGCUUAUAGAAGUGCACAUGAACUGUUUACAUCAAUGUAAUAUCUAUAGAUCAUUAUCCCUGCCUUAAUUCUAUAUGAAUAGGGUCACCCGACUAUGUUACAUAAAUUUAUUGAGAACACACCACAUGGCAACAUUCACCUCUGUUUUGUUUCUGUACAUAACUCAUUUCCCUUCUUCUUUUAUCUUCGUUUUCUGAAUCUUCGAAGUUCCUCUCUCAAAAAACUACACAUCAGAAAUUGCCAGAGGAUGUGAAUGGAACACCUACAUUUUCCAUUGUCCUUGAUGGAAGAUUCGAUAAACUUUCGAUUAAUACACAGAUUUCGGGCUGAGGUGUAACAGCAUACAAAUCUUGCAAUACUCAAUUCUUGGAUUUUAUGACUAGGUCUGUGUUUUUGGAUUCUUGCUAGAUUUUUUGCUUUCUUGUCAGUGGGUUGGUGAGAUGGGAUGGGAUGAGUGUUGUGGAGAGUUCAGUGGUAGGAUUUGUAAAUGGUUACUUAAAACCUUCUUUCAUCUCCAACUCUGAAAAGGCAAUGGAAUUAUAGUGAUAGUCUUUAUAAUGGAGUGAGUGCUGCAAUAGGCAAAAUGAGUUCCCU